AUGAGUAACGAGGAAACAGAAGAAUAUUACACAAAGAAAAUUGACAAAAUGGCGGACUUUCAAAUGAGAAAGGCAACACAUUUACACUUUCUAGAAAGCUGUAUAGCAGAUGGAGUUGUACCUUAUGGCUUAAAACUAAAGUUACAAGUGCAAGUUGGUGAAAAUAAACGUUUGCAAAAAUCGGUUGAUAAUAUUCUAUGGAAAACAUCAAUGGAAAUUACAAGAAUGGUGGCCGAGGAACAUUAUCUACAACUUCAAGAAUCCAAACCAAAGAUGGCAGAGUUAGAAGAAAAACUCAAAGCAAAAGUGAAAGAUGAAGGUAAACUUAACAUUAUUUCACAAGACAUAUUCUGUAAAACUGAAACAAAGAAGAAUCAAAUCAUACAGAAACAAAACAAGAAGUUAGAGAAACUUAAAGAUUCUAGAGACUGUUUUAUUGUUGAGGAAAGCAGUAAGCGCCCAAGCACUUCCCUGAAGCAAGAUGUUUUUGAAUUCACAAGAAAAUUACGCCUUAAAGAAUACUUUGCCUCUUUUACUGACUCCCAAAUUAUAAAUAACUCUGCAGAUAAUAACCUUAAUAAGAGAGAUAAUUCUAAAUCUACUUUUAUACCCCAGUCUGGUAGAGAUUCAACCCUUGAUUUUUAUAUAGAGGCAGUUACUAAUGAAAUUUUACUUUGUGACAAAAAGUACAAAUACAGAUCAAAUUUAUCAAAAGAAGAACAAGAGGCAUUAAAACAUCUGAGUCAAGAUGAAACUUUUGUCGUGAAGAAAGCAGACAAAGGUUCCAGUGUUGUUAUAAUGAACAGAAAGGAUUAUAUUUCUGAGGUUUAUAGACAGCUAGAAAACAACAAAUAUUACAAGAGACUUGAUGAAAACCCCCAGAAAGUGUUCAGUAAAGACAUACAUGAUAGUCUUAACAAUUUAGAAAAUAUUAGAGAAUCAACUUUAGAAAAUCUAUACCCCUCAAACGUAGACAGAGUCCCACAAUUUUAUAUAUUACCUAAAAUUCAUAAAACGUUUGACCCAGAUUUACCCCUAGGUUACCCAGGGAGACCUAUUAUUUCAGGUUGUGGAGCUUUAACUGAAAAUAUGUCUGCAUAUGUUGAUACAAUCUUGAAACCAUACAUGGAAUCUUUACCUUCCUAUGUAAAAGACACUACAGAUUUCAUCAAAAAGUUACAAAACCUCUCUAGCAUAGAUAAAGAUGCAUAUCUUGUAACACUAGAUGUAACAUCUGUAUACAGUAAUAUUCCUCAUGGUGAGGGCAUAGAUGCUUGCAAAUAUUUUAUGGAAAAUGGUAGUAGAUCACAGGAUUCUAUUAACUCCAUUUCUAAAAUCAUAGAAUUAAUACUUACAAAAAAACACUUCCAGUUCAAUGAAAUUAAUUACAUUCAAAGAUUUGGAACUGCUAUGGGAACAAAAAUGGCUCCUUGUUUUGCCUCUCUAUUUAUGGGUAAACUUGAAAAAGAAUUUAUAGACUCCUGUGAUAAGAAACCACUUAUCUGGUUACGUUUUUUAGAUGAUAUUUUUUUCAUCUGGAAUCAUUCAGAAGAGGACUUAUUAGACUUUUUUGACAGAUUGAACAGUUUUCAUGAUACUAUAAAAUUUACAUAUUGUUACACUAAAGAUACUGCUACUUUUUUAGAUGUUAACAUAGAAAAAGAUGAAAAUGGUAUCCUGCACACUAGUGUACAUGAAAAAGACACUAACAGUCAUCAGUAUAUAGAAUUUUCAUCAUGUCACCCAGUUUCAUGUAAAAAGGGUAUUCCCUUUAGCCAGGCUAAGCGCUUUAGGCGUAUUACUUCGGAUAAUACCAUUUUUGACAAGGAGAUGGACAAGCUCAGAGAAUACUUUCAAGCACGUAACUACCCUGAAUGUGUUAUAAAUGAGGCAUUAAAGAAGGCCUCUUCUCUAUCAAUGCAAGAUGCUCUUAAUUCGUGCAGUAGCAAAAAUACGGAUAAAGUCAUUCCUUUUGAAGAUGAAGUCUUUAAGGAUAGGGAUACAGGUGACAAGAGGAAGAAUGACAAAACCAUGUUUAUGGGAGAUGGAUUGGGCAAUUAUCCCCAGUGA